CAUUAUCCAUCCAGCCCUUUUUCUGUGUGGUUGUCACAGAUGAUCGUUAAUAUAUUGUCGCCUUUUGCACAGUUGAAAGCAUUUUUCAAUUAAUUGCAAUUGCAGCCAACACGAGUCAACGAGUGCAGCAAUUGUUGAUUGAUUUUUAAUUUAUCGUCACUGUCAAAUGUGUAACCUUCGUUUGCAGCAAGCCAAAUGGGGUCAAAGGUUAAAGAAGUAGCAAAGAAAUGAAAGAGCGUUUAGUUUUAUCAUCAAAACAGAUUCCUGGAAACCAUUUAAUUUAUUGGUGCAACAAGGGUGUGGGAUUUCCUUCAAACAACGGAUUAGUUGUAAUGAUACGAAACAGUAUCAGUGCACUAUAUAAAGAAGCAGUAUCCUCAUAUCGCAUUACCCAAAGUCUAGUCUAGAGCAAGCAGUACCAACAAUGAGUUUCACCACGUUCCAAACCGAAGUUCUCGAGCGUCACAAUGUGUAUCGAGCGAGACAUUCGGCACAGCCAUUAAUGCUUGACGCGGGCCUAUGCCAGUAUGCUCAGCAGUGGGCAAACUACCUGGCAAGCAGAAAUGUCAUGCAGCAUCGCACCAACAACAAGUACGGCGAGAACCUGUACGCGUGUUUCGGCAAAACCAAUGUCACUGCCCAGGAGCCAGUUGACUCGUGGUACAACGAGAUCAAAUACUACCGGUUUGGCGCUGCUCAGCCGUCAAACUUCAUGCAGGUCGGCCACUUCACGCAGGUGGUGUGGAAGAAGUCGCGCAGACUGGGCGUCGGUGUUGCUGUGCAGGGAAAGAAUGUGUACGUCGUCUGCAAUUACGAUCCUCCGGGCAACUUUGGCAACGAGUAUCCGGCCAAUGUAACCCGUUCGUAAGGCGCAGGCGGAAGCAGAUGUUCGAUGGGAAAUAAAAGCCAGUGAUUCAGUCUGCCAAGCUAAAAA